CACAGAAGAGGCCGUCCGUGUCCUUCACAACAGCAAACAUGGCGACUGCUACUAAAAUCAUCCAGAGGCUCCGAAAUUUUCUAUCUGGGGUAAGAGGCACACCCAGGGAAAAUUAUGUUUUUGUUUUUUAAACAUUAUUACAACCUAAAAUUAAUUUUUGUGGGAAAUUUCAACACAGCUGUGCCAAAUUAUCGCUAAAUCUAAGGCAGCAUUGGUGAGCUGCUCUAUGAGCUAAUAUGAAUUAGACUGCUGUCUGUGAGGGAAAGUGUUUCUGUUUCCAUCACCGGUUUGUUAAAGUUUGUCAUCUGGUGUUUGAUUUACAGCAUGACCUGCAAGCCAAACUGCAGUUGAGAUACGAGGAGAUUGCAAAAAGGUAAGAAGACUCUGUCCACCUGACCUUUGUUAAAUUCACCCCCUGAAACUGUCUCAGCCUCAGUCCUGUUACGAUACAUUUAUCAUACACACCAAAACACCCGGUAGAAACUGUUAGACCCAGCCUCGACAACUGAUCCAGACCUGAAUUUUACAAAUAAAUCCAACACAUGAGGACGAAAGGGGGCAGCUAAUCGAGGGGUUUACCUGAAACAAAAGUCUGAACUUGUCAGGCAUUGUAAACACUGUUGUUUUGACGGUUUGCCUCUUAUUUUUCUACAUCCUCUGUGGGGUAAUGUAAAGAUUGAUGUGUUAAUCUACGGUGGCCAAAAACCGCCACUGCUGCAAAUAAAAAAGAAUGCAAAAAAAAAAAAAGUCACAUUGGAAGUUAUUGAUGCAAAAAAAGAAACAGAAGCCCGCUGCAAAUAAAAAAGGUAGUUAACAAUGCAAAAAAAAAAGUGGGGAUGGAAAAAAAGUUACUUACUGCGAAAAUAAAAGAAUGCAAAUUUAAAAAAGCCACAAUGGAAAUGAGCUGCCGGGGACCAUUAAUGAGGAUGCAUUGGUGUUUUACGUUCUAGGCACAGAAGACGAGCAAGGAAGGAAGUGGAAAGGUUAUUGUUUAGUUUCGCUUUGUGUGCUUUUUAAUGUGGUUAGACCAUGUAGCUCCUGAGUCGAUAGGAAGUUGAAGUAAAGCUAACAAUACACCAGUAUCCUCCAGUUAAACUUUACAUCGACUUAGGCACUAUAUGGCCUAACCAAAUGACACAUGGAAAAGUUUACGAAGCGAAAUUAAAUGGUAACCUUUCCACUUACUUCUUUGCUCGUCUUCUCGCUGUCGUCUUAAUCAGCUUGUUAACUCUUUUUCCUCAUCAAUAACAAACAUUGACUUUAAUAGAAAUCUCCCCUAAUGCAACAGCCUAUAUAAGAAUAACAGGUUUUGAAGAAAUAUAUGGCUCUAGCUUGUUUUUGGUCUUCAGUUAUGAAAGUUGCUUUCGUACCUGAAAGAAAAUUCCUCCAGAAGUACUAGAAAACUUAAAGAAACAGGCUUACAUCCAAUACCUGCCAAUUUUAGGGUUACAAACUCUGGAAGUAUAUCUAAAUCAAAUAACUUACUAGUGGCUUUGAAUGGCUACCCUAACCUAAACUGCAUGGCCACUUCAACAGGCUCCAUUUAUGUGAGCCAAAGUAGUUACAGUGCCAAUACUACAUGCAUAACUGUAAGUGUUUCAAGAGCAAAAUACAGUCUCUGCAGAUAAUAUUGCACCUAAUAAGGGUAUUAUUGCACAUUGAUUGAAGCUUCAUCUUUAGUAGUAUAGCCCGUUUUGCUAAAGCUAUUUGCUCCGCUUAAGAUGUUGUUGGGUUGAUAAUGUUACCAUACAGAGGUAAAGCUACGAGUUGUUAACAAUGAUAUUUUCUCUAGGACACAGGCACCACCCAAACUUCCUGUAGGUCCAAGCCACAAGUUUGCCGCUAACUACUACUUCACCAGAGAUGGACGAAGAGAGUCAGUACCCCCCACAGUUGUCAUGUCUACCCAGAAGGCCAUCACAGCUGGCAGGUAAAUAACUCAGUAUAUUUUUUUUAUAAGGUAAUGAUUUUAACUUGAAUGAGAGAAGUACAUUUUCCUGAUUGUUAAAAUUGUCAUAUUAACAACAACAUAAAAAUAGGUUAAGGCAAAAAGUAGAGACCUGAUAGAGAGAAAAACAGGGUGGGAUGACCCCUGUUUUUUUCCUAUCGUGGGCUGGUUUCUUGACAAACCUGUUACUUUCUAAAAAAAAAAAAGGGUAACAUGCAAAUGUAGGAUUUGACCAGUUUUAGACAUCUCUGUGACUCUAUAUCUCAAGGUCAUGUUAUCUGGAGACUUUUCUGUGGAAACCCUGUGUUGACAGAAGACUGAAAACACCCGACUGUGACAAGAUAUGUAGCAAAAAAGGGAGUGAGAUGAAACAUAAAUAAUGAUAACUAGAUUACAGUAAUGUAUUAAAUAAAGUCUAUGGUUGGAUCAUUAGUAUUUCUUUAAAUUUUAGCCCAUUUGAAGUACAUUCUCUUCACUCCUCUUGCCUCUUCUAGUCAAGUUGCUGAAGCCCCAAAGCCUCCAGUGACCCCAGGCCCGGCGUACAAGGAGCCUUCUCUCUCUACUGACCAGCCAUACCUCUGAGCAGCAGGACGAACCUCUCCUUGUUCAGCAACAACAACCCCUGUUUCUCCACCCGAACCUGCUGUAGAGGCUUUGCCACUGCUUGCAUUUGUUGCAUCCUGUACAAUACAAAGUGUGAAUAAAACUUGUUCUAUUUAACCUGUGGUCUUACUGAUUACUUUGGUACCAAUGACAAUGCGACCAAAAUUUGGGAAUAGGGUGAAAUUAAUCAAAUUUUUUGCUACUGUGUGAAAGAGUUUUCAAAUACUGCCUUCAAGGUAGGGGAAAAAGCUUGGAGGAAACUUUUGGGUCCAUAUGCUGAGUUUUUGUGAUUCUGGACAACCAAAAACUUUAUGUCAUCAACGGAAAAUUGCCAUUGGGUAGCAGUAUACUCACAAUUGAAAGUGUCUUUAGGACAACAUAGAAAAUCAAAGGCAUUUUAUGCAUCAUUCUCCAUCAUUCCUUGUAUUUAGUAAUUACCAGUGUAAGUGUUACGAUUAAAUGUUUUUGGAUAUCAAGUUUGCAGUGAUCUACAUCUAUGGGCUUUGAGCUUAUUAUUUGUGUGUUGGAGUGCAUCUUUGCAUGCGUCUUGUAGAUUGUGUUCAUUGAAAUGAAAACUAUGAAUAAUUAUGAGUUAUGAAGAUUAAUUUUAAUCAAAAAAAGUGAUGAUAAAAAUUACUUUUUUACAUCAACAUUUUUGCAUUGUUUUGGAAGAUAUUAAAAUCUAAGAAGACAAAAUUAGCUGCAUUAAAUAGGUUUUCACUUAACAGUU